GGGGCGCAUCUGGCCGCAGCUAAUCACCCGAAACACUCCGUUCUCCUCUCUCUCUCUCUCUCUCUCUCUCUUUCUCUCGCCUUUGAACCAGAAACCCUCCUCCUUCUUCCCUCCCUUUCCGAUCUCCCUUUCCGCCUUCUAGUCGCCGGACUCCCGUCUCCGAUUGCUCGCAUCUCGACUCCUUGGAGCUUCCUUGCCGUCGGAUCCUCGUUGAGCUUCACGCAUCUCAAUCGCUAAUCGAGAUCCAGCGGGCGCGGCGGAGAUUGGCUUCAUGGAGCAUACGGACGCCGAAGUCUUGUCAAAUGACAUUACUGUGGAAGUGCCUGUGGAUGAUGGUGAUCCUGAGAUGAAUGGAAAAGAACUUGAAGUUGGAGAGCCACUGAAGGGCAUGGGAAGUGACUGCAUGAAUGAUUCAUUUGAGAACAAGGAGGUAUUCAGUGUCAAGGACAAUGCUGCUGAUAAUGAGAAAAUGGAGCAUAAUGCGUUUGAUACGGAUACUAAAGUAGUUCAAGAGGAUGAUCUAACACCUAGGCUAGGGAUGACCUUUAGAACUAGGGAGGAAGUUUGUAAUUUUUAUAAAGCAUAUGCUAUGACUGUUGGCUUUGGAGUGGCUGUGCAGAAGUCAUCAUUUGCAACUUCGGGGCAGUGUAGACGGGUAAUAAUUGCUUGCUCUAAGGUGGGCAAGGGAAAAACUGAUCCUUGCUAUAAAGCCAGACAAUCUGCCAAAACAGAUUGCCAAGCUAAGAUUGUUGCGAAAGCUUCAGGGGACGGGAUGCUUCAUUUGGUGGAGGUUAAUAAUGAACACAACCAUCCAGUCAAUCCUUCAACAGCACGGUUUUUGAAUUGUUACAAGAAAAUGGCUGGCUCAAGGAAACAAGAAUCUACAGGACAAGCAAAUGUGCAAGGGAGUUCUCAAUCUGAUGGGAUAGAAUCUGGAGAUCCUGCUAAAAUAGGGAGAUUGAAGCUCACUAAGGGGGAUGACGAGGCUAUUUAUCAAUUCUUUGCAAAUAUGCAGAAUAAAGAUCCAAACUUCUUUUAUUUGGUUGAUUUAGAUGAUCAUGGUUGCUUGAGAAAUUUGUUCUGGGCUGAUGGUAGGAGUAAGAUGUCAUAUCAGUAUUUCGGGGAUGUCAUUUCCAUUGAUACAACCUUCUUGACUGAAAAGUAUGAUUUGCCUCUUGUUUUGUUUGUGGGUAUGAAUCAUCAUGGCCAGUUAGUGUUGCUGGGAUGUGGUUUGAUUUCUUCUGAAACUAUCCAGAGUUAUACAUGGUUAUGCAAAGCAUUUUUAACCUGUAUGUUAGAUUGCUGCCCAAAUGCUAUUGUCACAGACUAUUCCAAGGCCAUUCAAAGCGCUGUCCUAGAUGUGUUUCCUGACACUAGAUAUCGUUGGUGCUUGUCCAGUAUUCUAAGUGAAGUUCCAAAGAAAUUGAAAGGGCUUCCUGAAUACAAAGAAAUUAAGAAAGCAUUAAAAAAAUCAGCAUAUGAUUCCUUGAAGAUAGAAGAUUUUGAAAAAUCUUGGAUGAAGAUGAUUGUGGAUAAUGGGCUUGAAAGUAAUGAAUGGCUUACUUUACUAUAUGAAAACAGACACAAUUGGGUGCCAGCUUUUCUAAAACACACAUUUUGGGCUGGAAUGUCCAUGUACCAACGUGGUGAAACUAUAAACAAUUAUCUUAAUGGAUAUGUCUAUCCAAAGACUUCCCUAAAGCAAUUCUUUAGUAAGUAUGAGGUGAUACUGCAGAGUAAAUACAAAAAGGAGGCAGAAGCAGAUUCAGAAUCUCACAAGACUCCACUUUUGAUAUCAAAAUUUUACAUGGAAGAACAGAUAUCAAAAGUGUACACUUUUAAUAUGUUUAGGAAAUUCCAGGAGGAGCUAAAAGCUACAAUGUAUUGUGAUGUUUUGGCAAUCCGGAUAGAUGGGCCAGUCAUUAAUUUUCAAGUCAAGGAGUGCUCGUUCAUUGAAGAUGGUAAACCCACAGAAAAUAAGGAUCAUGAGGUUCUUUAUAAUGCAGAUAAACUUGAGGUUCAAUGCAUUUGUGGUUCUUUUGAGUUCUGUGGCAUUUUGUGUAGACAUGCUUUGUCUGUAUUUAAGUUCCAGCAGAUCUUUGAGAUUUCAUCUCCUUACAUUCUUAGUCGCUGGAAAAAGGAUUACAAGCGACUAAGUGCUUUUGAACGCUCCCGCUCCUUGAAUGACAUGCAGGUUGAUAAUCCUGUGGCCCGCUAUGAUUAUUUGACUAUGCGCUGUCUUCAUCUAGCUGAGUUAGGAUUCAUAUCAGAUGAUAGGUACCAAGUUGCUUUGAAGUUAUUAAAAGAGGUUGAGAAGUCGCUUUUAGAUGAUGUUAUUUGUAGAGAGAGGCAGCCCAGACUUCUAUCUUUUGAAACUCAGGCUAAUGGCAAUGUCCAAAAUCUUUUAUUAGCACAGAUUGGAACCUCUGGCGUUAGUAAGAAUUCGGGUUCUUUGCAUGUCAAACGCCGAGGCCGGCCACCGAAAAAGCUAAAGGAGUCUGAUAUCGAAACUUUAGCUCGGCCCAACAAGGAACAGGAUUUUUUGAGAUCAUCAUUGAUUGGUAGCGAAGCUAGUAUCCUUCAAUCGGGUGCAACUGCUACUCACCUUAAUGCACAGCGAAUUGAUUUGAUGGAAGACAUCACCACAGGUGACUUGUCAUUUGGCAGUCAUUUUGGCAUGCACAUAAAUCACGAGCAUCACAUUGACAGUCAGCCAAGGACACAAACACACAAUCUGUUGCAGGGUCAAUAUGAUCCGCAAACAAUAGGAAGUCAGUCAAGGAUGCAGUGGAUUUAUCAACAAAUACUUCAAGAUGACCAUGCACCAAAAGUACCUUCUGGUAGAAGGGCCGGGUAGAUAUGAGAGUUACUUGAGACUCAGAUAAAAGGUUUUGUAGCUCAGUGAUUGUCGAAUUGGAAGACCAAAAAUUUCAUUCUCAUAAGAUUUUGCAUAUUGUCAUGCUGAGUUUGGUAUCUGCCAUAACCAACCUUUGGGAAUGAUAGGCAAAGUCAUUCUCGAGAGAAUUCUUACAUCAAGCAUCCUCUUGUGACAACCAAAUGAAAAUGGGGGUGGUCGAAAGCUGGAAUCCUGAUUGCAAUCAAGCUGUACAACAUCUUGCUGGCAAUUUCUACUUUGAAAACUAGCACACGAUCAUGCUGUGCAACUUCUCCCCUAAUUAACAGUAGCAUAAGAACUUGCUUCUGGGACGAUCUGUCUUGCUAACCAAAUUAGUAGCUUUCGUGUAUAACUUAAUAGUCUUUUUAUGUUGUAAUUGCUAGCCAUGUGCAUAUGACGAUGUAUCAGCACAUUCCAUGAAGUUGAUAUAAUACAAAAUCUGCUGGAAUUUUUGUGUA